GUGCAAAAAGACCAAAAUCAUUCACUUAACAGCACAUGUCUUGGUGCAACAAGAAAAAAAAAAGAGUCACCACCACAAGGAAAAACUAACAUGAAAUGUUAAUCUUUAUUACACCGCACAAAUUAGAUGAUGUAAAAGGCAUAGAGUCCGCGGUGAGUGGAAAAAGAAAGAAAAAAUACAAAGUAGUUGGAUGUGAUGAAACAAACUCCAUUCCACACCCUGUUUCAUAAAUGCUCAACUUUAUCAAAUUUUUCAAUUCAUUUCCCAAUUUAAACCUUACUUAUAGUACUAUACUUGUAUGCAUUUCUUUCAUAUAUAUUUCACAAUCUUGUGCUCUUUUGUUUCUCACCACAAUAUGAGUUCUUCUCAUCAACUUUCUUCUUGCAAAAGAACUCUUUCUCUUCCACUUCACAAGGAGAAUCCUCUGUUGGAAAUACCCUACAAAACAUCACAAGAAUCAUCUUGUUCAUCUUCAUCGUCAUUCUAUUCGAACGAAUUUGUUGGAAUUAAGAUGCCAUUGACACCGAGUCCAACACCGUCUCACAAGAAGGUUAAUUUCCUUGUUACAUCACGUUCUGUGGAUGCUCCAAUUGUUGAUAGUGAUAACAACAAUCUAGGGAUUUUAACCGGAGGGAAGAAGUCAUCAGGUGGUGGUAGAAGUAUUUUACCGAAAUUGAACUUUCGGUAUAAUAGGACAUCAUCAUCUGAUAUUGAAAAGGGUAUAACUUUGGCUCCGGAAAGUCCUUAUGAGAAGCCUUCAAUCUCUGGAUCAGUGUCUUUGAGUAAGCUGUUUGCUCCUAAGAUUUAUAGAACUUCUUCGUUACCGGUUGAAGAAAUUGAGCGUGUUAACACAGACUUUGCUUUUGGUGGAUGUCUUGGUGCUUCUCCAUAUAGAAGCCAGGGAUCGAUAGCUCGCACUCGUUCAGAGCCUGUAGAUAGCCAAGAAAAAACCAUAAGGAAAAUGGAUAAGUUUUUCCGGAUUAUUCCUUCCACCCCAGGUGUAAAGGAAGUGAAAGAAUGGUUAAAAACUUCCGCAGAAAACGAUACUGAAAAUGACGGUGAUAACGGUGAAGAUAUAGCUGAAGAGGAAGCUGUGUGUAGAAUUUGUCUGAUUGAGCUAUGUGAAGGAGGCGAGACAUUGAAGAUGGAAUGCAGUUGCAAAGGCGAACUUGCAUUGGCUCACCAAGAAUGUGCUAUCAAGUGGUUCAGUAUUCGGGGUAACAAGACAUGUGAUGUGUGCAAGGAAGAAGUUCAGAAUCUUCCGGUCACUCUCUUACGGAUCCAAAAUGUCCAAACUCAGACUACCGCAGCAAGGUCUCACCAGGAUGACGACUUCAGGGUUUGGCAGGAGUUACCUGUGCUUGUCAUUGUCAGCAUGCUUGCUUAUUUCUGUUUCCUUGAGCAGCUUCUGGUCGGAAAAAUGGGAACCAAAGCAAUUUUCAUUUCUCUUCCGUUUUCCUGUGUACUCGGUCUAGUCUCCGCCAUGACAUCAACAACCAUGGUGAGGAACAGGUUCAUCUGGCUUUACGCAUCUGCCCAAUUCACGUUGGUUGUUAUCUUCGCACAUAUAUUUUACCCCUUGUUUUGUAACCUGCAGGUUGGUAAGCAAGCAGUUUUAGCAAUCCUUCUUGCAUCAUUUGCUGGAUUUGGUGUAAUGAUGAGCGGAAGUUCAAUAGUUUCCGAGUUACUCAAAUGGAGAAGAAGAUGGCAAGCUUACUCGGAGCAGCGCUCUCAAGUGAUGACGCAAGAAGGACUAUAUUCUCAAAGUGUAAUUACCCCACAACCAAGCCUUCCCACCUACAACCAAACUACAGUGCAACUUUGAGCUCAAUUCAUAGUAGAAUUGAAGUCUAUAUGGCUCCUUUCGUGUUGUCUAAGGCAAUUGUAUAGCCGAUUUUCAGUACUGUGGUAUUAUGCAGCAAUAGGGAACAACUUGGGACUAUAGCUUUUUUCUCUGUUUUAAGCAUCUUAUUAUGCAUUCUGUGUUGGAAUGCACUAUGUGAUAUGCUAAUGCUAAAUAGUCAAAAAAAGACUCUACUAUAUUGCUGUUAGUAUAAGAUAAUUCUUGUUGUCUAAUACAACUAGAAUGGAAAUGUGAGUUUUUGUGUUCUGAUAUUUCA